ACCGUCAUCCUCCGCGCGCCCGGUGGCAACCGCUCCCGCCGCCUCCGGUUCGGCGCGGUUCCCGACCCCUGUUCGUGCCGUCGAUCCAGGCGCGGCUGCCGCUACUGCUCGCCUCGCCGCACGCCAUCUCCAGCCCCAGCCGAGACUAGCUGCACCAUCCGUAGGCAGGCCCAUGCAAACUGUUACUUCCUCAAGGAGCAGGUCCCCGCCACUUUUAUCAAAUCAGCGUUCGGACUUCACUGCAGAAAAUGAUAAUGGUAUGGGGAAAAGAAGGUUGGUAAACUAUGCAGAUCCAUUGUUUGAAAAUGGAAGUGCGCAACCCACAGUGCAAAUGAGGAUGCAACCUGCAGAUAUUGGAAAAACAGCAAGAUCACCACCAUUAGACAUGACCAGGCAGUUUAGACCUUCAUCAAGCUUUCAAAAUUAUCCUCCUGUUCAGCAUGCUGAGCCUCGUGAUCAUGUGCAGAGGCCGAAUCUAUCACCUUCCAAGUUUGGAAUCCAGAACCAGUCUCCUUUUCAUGAUGCACGUGGAGCUUCCUCUCCUCUUCUGAAUAGCAAUUUAGUUCCUGGUAGUGGGAGGCCCCGUCCUGUCCUAGGAACCGCAUCUUCUAAUUAUGAUAAGUCAACGCAACCAGUUAUGGCACAACAAGAGAUGAGCGAUCAUAUGCGACACCAAAGAUUUUCUGCUCCAUUUCAAAGUCGAACAGUUGAUCAUAACAUUUCAAAAAGGUCUAGGUCACCUACUUCAUCCUAUGAAGAUGUUGAUGGUGCUGAAGCUCGUCAUGGUACUGGUACAAAUGCUAGAAGACUGAUAGACUAUACGGAUACUUUGGUUGAUGAUGCAAGUAUUGAAACUUCAAAAAGGAUGAGAGCUCCUUCAUCUGAAUUCAGGAACAUGCUCAAAUCUCCAUCUUCAGAUAUUAGAGACAACAUUAGGUCAACACCUACAGGAUUUGGCAGUAAUGGUGCAGCCCAGAAUUUCCGUUCACAGGCUGAUAACCAGUGGCCUAAUGCUUCCAUUCCUAAGGUUGGAGGUCAAAUACAAUCUCGCAUUGGUGAUGUGCAUUCACCACCGUACCAGGUGUUUAGACCUUCAGAUACUUAUUCAAAUGAACAUAGCACACCAGCAUUUUCUCCACCAAAGCCUUCAAUUCUCAGUUCCAGCAGAAUCAGUGCGACUCCUUCGGAUGUUAGUGACGAUGCUAUCCCUUCAACUGAACUUGAGAGAGAAAAGCAGGCAAAAGCCAAGCGUUUGGCUCGUUUCAAUGUCGAAUUAAGCAGGCCAGUAGAAAAUACCAAUGAUCUUGCAAAAGGAGACAAACAGAAACAAACCUCUUCAGUGGGGAAAGCUCCUGUCACAUCAAAUGAUAGUAAUUUGGUUGACAUGGACUCCCCAGAGUUGGCUGCAAUUCUUGGGCUUUGCUCUGAUAUGUGUCCAGAGCCCGAAAGGGCAGAGCGAGAGAGAAAGGGAGAUCUUGAUAGGUACGAGAGGUUAGGUGGAGACAGAAACCAAACAACCGAGCUUCUUGCUGUUAAAAAGUAUACUAGGACUGCUGAAAGAGAUGCAGACUUGAUCAGGCCUCUGCCAGUUCUGCAGAAGACCAUGUCAUACCUUCUCAAUUUGCUAGAUCACACAUACGAUGACAGUUUCUUGGGUUUAUACAACUUCUUGUGGGAUAGGAUGCGGGCGAUAAGAAUGGAUCUUCGAAUGCAACAUUUCUUCAAUCGAGAGUGUAUUUCUAUGCUUGAGCAAAUGAUAAGGCUCCACGUUGUAGCAAUGCACGAGUUAUGUGAGUACAGCAAGGGAGAAGGUUUUUCAGAGGGUUUUGAUGCACACCUCAACAUUGAGCAGAUGAACAAAACAUCAGUUGAGCUAUUUCAAAUGUAUGAUGACCACAGGAGAAAGGGUGUACUCUUCUCAACAGAAAAAGAAUUUCGGGGUUAUUAUGCACUGCUCAAGUUAGACAAACAUCCUGGUUACAAGGUUGAACCUUCUGAGUUGUCUCUGGACCUUGCUAAGAUGUCUCGUGAAAUUAGAUGCAGUCCAGACGUCUUGUUUGCAAGAGAAGUUGCUAGAGCGUGCAGAAUGGGAAACUAUAUUGCCUUCUUUCGGCUUGCAAGGAAAGCAACAUAUCUGCAAGCUUGUUUGAUGCAUGCUCACUUUGCAAAGGUAAGAAGGCAAGCGCUGGCUUCCUUGCACAGUGGUCUGCAGAUUGGCCAAGGCAUCCCUGUUUCACAUAUUGUGGAGUGGCUUGCAAUGGAGGACGAGGACAUUGAAAGUCUCUUAGAAUACCAUGGUUUUGGAUCGAGGCAGUAUGAAGAACCAUACACUGUGAAAGAAGGACCUUUUCUUAACAGUGACAGCGAUUUUCCAUCUGGUUGCUCUGAACUAGUGCAUUCAAAGAAAUCACAGAGAAUCGUCGAUGACGUUUCUUGUGGUCCAGUUUGUGUUCCCAGUAGCCAAAAAGCGACUACUGCACCAUAUUCUAGCGUCUUCGCUUCCCCAGCUAGAAAAAGAGAGCUGGUUACGCCACUGGUUACGCCACAGGCUACUCCUGUGAUUCCUGUUAAUGCCAAACGAGAGUUUAGUUCGUUGUUUUCUGGACCUGCUUCUCCCACUUCUGGUGGACAGAUUACCUCACAGUAUUCUGGUUUGUUUUCUCCAAAAGCUGGCAAUAAACAAUUCACUUCACCAUAUUCAGGUCCUAUUUCCCCAAUUGCUGGCAGAAAGGAAAGCGUGCCAGUUUCACCUAGUACUGCUUCUCCACGUGCUACCAAGCACACAGGAUGGAUGGAUGACCAAAGAGUAGCUUCACCAAAAGCGAAGGAGAAGACCAAGGUGCCUGAUGAUUUAAUAGUACCCGAAGACCACAAUGGUGGUUUUGUGGAGUUCUCGACAGAACAAACUGGCGUACCGCAGUCAGUAGCCUACACUCAGCAUAUUGAUGAUUUGGCAGAAACCAGAGUCUCACAUCCUCUUGCAGAUGGUAUAUCAUUAGAUUACCCCGAUAUGCAUGGAGUUGAACAUGAGCUCAGGGUACAUGGCUCUGGUAGCGACACAGAUUUGGAUGAGGAAGGUCCAUCAUGCCGCCAAGUCAAUCUAAUAGAAUCUGUGUGGCCUACAGGUCCUGCAUUGCCUGGUCAUGAGUAUGGAGAUCGACAGAUUAAUAACAAGACGACAGAUGAUUCAUUACCUUCAUUUUCAAUUGUUGCAUCCCAGAAGAACAAAAUUUCAGAUGAAAAACUGAAGAUGAUACUAAGGAAAUGGAGGCAGCGUGCUGCGGAUAGGAGAUCUGCGAGGGAGCAUAAAAAUGUCCUUGCUCUUGCAGCAUUGAAUUCUCUGUCACUUGGACCACCAAUUCACCAAACUGCAGUGGUGCCAAAGCAUGCAGUCCAUGAUCUUGACAUUGGUCAUGCCUUUAAAGAAAGAUACAAACGACAACAAAGAUCCUGGUCACGACUAAAUGUCUCAGAGUUGGCUGGUCCCAUUUUAAUUGAAAGGAAACCUGAUGCUAGAUGCAUAUGCUGGAAGAUGCUAGUACUUGUCCCACCAGGUGCCAUGGAAUCUCAGAGCUACAAUGUUGCCUCAAAAUGGUUACUCAAAAAGCUCAUGGGUUCUGGAAAUGAAGAUAACGGAUUACUUUUUACUUCAGCAGACCUCUCAAUUUGGAGAACAUGGGUGGGUUCUCCGAGUGCAUGCUGCAUGUCUGUUGUUAGAGCCAGUGACCAACACGUUAUUGGUAACGGCGUUGCUGACAGUGCAAACUGUGUAGUAUUUGUGGUAUCUGAAAGUGUUCCGUGGGAAAUGCAGAAGGCACGAUUUAGCAGUCUCUUAGCCUCCAUACCUCCUCAAUCUGGUCUCCCUCUUCUGAUUUUGAGCAGCGACACAUAUAAUGAAGGGUAUGAUUAUGUGUCACAAAUUAUCAUUGACAAGCUUGGCGCCAAUGAUCUGAAUGAAGGAAAGAUUGCUUCAUCUUUGGUUGUUUUUCUAGUUGGAAGCUGCACUGAAGGUUAUACCAAUGGUUUCUUUGACGAUGACAAGCUCCGGGAGGGCUUAAAGUGGAUGGCAAACAGUCUUCCUCUACAGCCUGAUGUCACCCUCGUGGAGACACGUGAUUUACUUCUGAAUUACUUGAAACCAUCACUACAGAUACUUAGCAAACGUGCUGCACCUGAAGUUGGUCCAGAGCAUUGCAUCUCAGUAUUCAACAAUGCUCUCAACCAGCUGGAAGAAGAGAUUUUGGCUGCAGUAUACAGAACUCCUAUUCAGUGGCCAGCUCUUGAGAUUGAUCUUCUAGAGAGAUCGAGCAGCGAGCGGAAAUUCACAGAAAUGUUCGUACCUAGCAUUGGAUGGUCACUGCCAUCAAGAAUCAAGCCACUGGUUGAAAUCAUAAAGAGAUGCAAGCUUCCAGAGUUCAGUGAUGACUUGUCUUGGCUAAAACAUGGCUCUGACUCGGGCAGCCAGAUUCAAGAUCAGAAGUUAUUUCUUGUGGAGUGCUUGACGAAAUAUCUGACACAAUCAGCUCGGUUGAUAAAUGGAGCCCAGGCGUUUGCUGAGGCAGAGAGCAUGGUGCAGAAAGGUGUUGAGCUGGAGCUCCGUGACUCAUAUCACUAUCUUGUUCCAAAAUGGGUUACCAUCUUCCAGCGAAUCUACAACUGGAGGUUAACGGUCCUUUCUACCGGGGAGUUCUCAGAAGCUUAUGUCCUGAGUCAGCGUCUGUACCAGGAUCCUGCAGCUGAUUCUAUUGGUGCAACACAACAUGGCCUCACUGCCGAUAUCGACACUACAGAUGAGGCGUCCAUUUUGGAGGAUCAUGACAUGAUGGUUGUUAUGCCAUCUGGCCUCUUGCUAGACGAGAUGAUUGAGGCCAGCUGUGAUCUUGAUUCUUUCAAUGAGCCACCGGUGAGACCUACGCCGCCACAGCUGACCACCCCAACACUCGAGGAACCACAGGCACCGGAGCACACCAAUGGUGAGGUAAUAAACCCAGUGCACAGAGCUACCGAUGUCAACAUGCACGACGUACCGAGAAGAGUGGAGCUCAGGGAUUUGGUUCCACCUGAGUGGGAUGAAGAGCUUGCCAAGCUAGAGCAGAAGUGUGCCGAGCUGCAAUCCAAGAUCGAUGAUAGUCUCUAUAUAUACUUCUAAGCUGCUGGACAUCUGAAAGGCCGUGACGCUUGGUGUAAUUUAGAACAUUGGAUAGUGAAAAACAUAAUUUUGUGAGGUCGUGUGUAGGCACAUAUGAGACUUUUUGCUGUAUUUUCUUACGGUUAGCCUUCCCACUAGUUAAUGGAGCUGCAAUGAUUUUCAAAAUUA